AAUGGUGAAUUUUGUGAUCUGGUUUUUGAAUUAAACAACUGCAAGUUCUAUGCUCACCAACUGGUUAUAGCGGCCUGGAGUCUUCCAGUGAAGAAUCUGCUAGAGCAUCAGUCAACUUGUAAUCAGCAUUUACGUGUGGUGUAUGAUCAGCCAGAUGUGUUCCACAUGUUUAUUACUUUCAUGUACACAGGUGACCUUCCUACGCAGGUAACAGACAUCUCAGCACUUCUACUUCUAGGUGCAACGUUUCAGAUCCCACUGUUGAUGGAGCUGUGUGAAGAGCAGUUGAAAAAUAACACAGAUGUGAAGAAUGUCAUUGAAGUAUGUUGUCUGAGUAUUACAUUUCAGCUGCCAGAUUUAGAACAACACUGCAUACAGUUUCUGUGCAGGAACCUGCAAGAAAUAACCAAGAAGCCGACAUUUCUUGAUCUCACACCAGCACAAAUGAAUGCAAUCUUAGGAUCAGAGCAUCUGUUGAAGUAUGACCCUGAAAUUAAACUGUGCUUGAUUAGCUUUUGGCUUACUAAAGACACACUCAACAGAGAGCAAUUCUUAGUGCUGUUACUAAGACAUGUUGAAUGGUCAAAGAUGCCAGAUAAUUUUUUGAAGAGGAUUAUUCACACAGACAGCGUUUUUGCUUCAAAUCCUUCAUCCCUGUAUUUGUUAUUACAAACA